GGACGACCUGCCAUUUGCCUCAGUGAUGGAUGCCGCGGUGCACGUUCUCGUGUUCCCUUGGCCACGGCAGGGGCACAUCAAUCCCAUGCUCCAGUUCGCCACCGCCCUCGUCGACACCGGCAUCCAAGUCACGUUCCUCCACACCGAGCACAACCUCCGCCGUUUCGCCCAGGCGCAUCCGCCGGGCCUACGCUUGCUUUCCAUCCCUGACGGCCUGCCCGACGACCACCCCCGCGGCUUCUUGGCGUUCAUGGAGUCCAUGUGCACGGCCGGCAGCGCCGCGUACCGUGCCCUGCUCUUGGCGCUUCUCUCUGCCGCUGAUGCGCCAGUGACAUGCGUUGUUGCCGAUGGCACCAUGCCGUUCGCCAUCGAAAUCCCCGAGGAGUUCGGCAUCCCCGCGCUCUCCUUCGUCACGCACAGCGCGUGCAGCUACCUGGCGUUCCUGUCUAUGCCCAAGCUCGUGGAGCUCGGGGAGACCCCCUUCACCGCGGAUGACCUGGUGUGUAGCGUUCCGGGGAUGGAGGGCUUCCUCCGGCGACGAGAUCUUCCUCGUGGGCUCUACUGCACCGAGCAAGGCGACGGAGAUCCCUUGGUGCUCAAGUUCGCCGAGGCCGUCGGUCGUACCAGCAAGGCAUGUGCGCUCAUAUUCAACACCGCCGCGUCCAUGGAGCGGCCAGCGCUCGCCCACCUCGCGUCGGGCACAAGCGACGUCUUCGCUAUAGGCCCACUGCACGCCAGGUCGAGUUCCGCCGCAAGCCCAAGCCUGUGGCGGGAGGACGACGGGUGCAUGGCGUGGCUGGACGGCCACGAGGACCGGUCCGUCGUGUACGUGAGCCUGGGGAGCCUCGCGGUGAUCACGCACGAGCAGUUCACCGAGUUCCUCUCCGGCCUGGCCGCCACCGGGUACGCCUUCCUCUGGGUGCUCCGGCCGGGCAUGGUCAAGACGACCAGCCCCGCUCUCCUCGGAGAAGCCGUCGGGGCAGCCGAAGGCGGCAAGGGGCGCGUCGUGGAGUGGGCUCCUCAGCGGGAUGUGUUGCGGCACAGGGCGGUGGGCUGCUUUCUGACACACGCCGGAUGGAACUCGACGCUGGAGUGCGCCGUCGAGGGCAUGCCGAUGGUGUGCUGGCCCUUCUUCGUCGACCAGCAGACCAACAGCCGCUUCGUGGGCGCCGUGUGGAAGACGGGGUUGGACAUGAAGGACGUCUGCGAGAGAGGCGUCGUGGAGAGGACGGUGAGGGAGGUCAUGGCAUCCAACGAGAUCAGGGCAGCGGCCCAGGCCAUGGCGCAGCAGUUGAGGCUGGAUGUUGCAGAGGCGGGGUCGUCGUCGUCGGAGUUGGAGCGGCUCGUCCGCUUCGUCAGGGAGCUCAGCGUCAGGUCCUCUCUCAAGCCCAGAAUUAAUGGAAACUAGCACAGGCUGCAGUGAUCUCUCAUUUACAUCUCAGUACUACCAGACACAUAAUCCUGUAAAACAAUCACAUUGUUUACUGGUAAUUUGCCGUCCAUGCUUCCUCAUGGCAGUGGUCUGGUGGACAUGGUGUUGGAUCAUCACAAUUAUUAUUAUUUCUCUCCCCAUCACCAGCCGCCGGCUCUUAUUCUUUCCAUGAACCUUCUCACGGAUCUGAAAGCAAUGAUCAAGAAUAAAAUAUUGCCCCA